AUGACUGGGGUGUCUGUGGGGCAUUCCCGGGGCUGGUGGCUGCGGAGGCACGUCUCCACCGAGCACCCGCUGCCCUGCAUCUGGCUGGGAUCAGUGUCGUGUCCCCGGAGCCUGGACUGUGCCCUGCAGCGCCGGGAGUUCUGCCCGCCAGGGUCGGGCGCCUGUGGCCCCUGCCUGUCCCCCUUCCAGGAGGACGACCGUGGGCAAUGCGUCCAGAAGCAGCUCUCACCCAGUGGGCGGACGUCCGUUCCCAGCUUGGAGGAAGAAAUCGAUUUUCUGGCGGACGUGCUGGCCAGGCAAGAGGCUCCUCGUCCCCACCCGCUGCGGGAUGGCAAGCCCAGGACCACCUCGGUCCCUGCCGGCGGCAGACAACGUGUGGCCAGUGGGCUGAGAGAGGGGCUUCUGCAGCGGGGUUCUGCCGGCAGCAAGGCAGCCGCCACCCCCCCCACCUCCACCACUGCCGCGGUCCAGAAGUACCCAGUGGAAGCGUCCCCCAUCCCUUCAAAUGACGACAUGGUGCUCGGGCUGAUCGUGGUGUGCACAGUGGCCGGGAUCUCGGCACUGAUCGUGGCUGCGGUCUGCUGGUGCAGGCUGCAGAAGGAGGUCAGGCUGGCACAGAAAGCGGACUACUCAGCACAGCGAGCGGCCAGCCCCCUGCCCUACGACAAGAUCUCGCCCGGGGACAAGACGCUGGCUCAGAGUGCCCAGAUGUACCACUACCAGCACCAAAAGCAGCAGAUGCUCUCCAUGGAGAAGCAUAAAGAGGAGCCCAAGCUGCCGGACUCAGCGUCGUCCGACGAGGAGAAUGAGGAUGGAGACUUCACCGUGUACGAGUGCCCCGGGCUGGCUCCGACUGGAGAAAUGGAAGUGAGGAACCCGCUGUUUGACGACUCCUCCUUACACCCCUCCAAUCCCAAGUCGCACCAGUAACACCCCUCCUCUCCUCUGCCCAAGCUCGCUACGGACUGUAUGCCCAACGCCGAAGCCCGGCGAGGCGGCCGCGCCGGAGGGGCUCCCGCAGCGGGGCGAAGGGGUGCGGACCCCGCUCUGCCAGACUGUUCGACGCCUGCCCAAUAAACACCCACUAACAGCUAUGGGAGGGGGGGAUCGCCCCCGUUUCCAG